GAUCCAAAGUCCAAACGGCGGAAAGAAGAAGGCCCAAAAGAAAAGGAAAAUCAGUUUCUAGCGCGUCGCGAUGGAGUCCGCCUCGGCGCAAUCCGCCGCCGCCGCCAAAAUUCCAAUCCCCACCCCUUCUCCUCCGGUAGCGCAGUCUGACUCCGACCAGCCCCCGAAGGCGAUGGCGACGGCGGAGGUGGAGGCAGCAAUCGCCGCGCUCCCGGCCAGGAAGGAGGCCUUGCGCGAGGCCUUCGACCGCCUCGCCGCCUGCUCGCCCUUCCCGCUCCCCUUCGCCUGGGGCGACCUCGACUCUCACAUCUCCUCCCUCCAGUCCUCCAUCUCCCUCCGCCACCGCCAGCUACGGGUCCUCGAGGGGGCCCGCUCCGCCCUCGCCGUUCCCGCACCAGUCCCAACCGGCAAGCGCAAGAAUCAAGGAGACGAGGACAGCACCAGCGAGGAGGAGGAGGUGGAGGAAGAGGAGUACGAGGAAGUGAUGGAGGAGGUGGAAGAAGAAGUGGAGGUGGAGGUGGAGGAGGAGGAUGCUGAUGAUGAGUAUGAGGUUGUGGAAGAGGAGGAGGAGGAGGUCGUGGAGAUUGAAGAAGAUGAGGUAGAUGCCAACAAUGCGGCAGCCAAGGAGCAGAAGGAUGGCGAGCAGAUGCAGGAAGCUGAAGAAGAGAAGGCGAAUGAGCAUAAGGUUUUGGAGGCCAGUGAUGAGGCCGAGAAGGACUGCAAGGUAGAGAAGGAUGAAGAGGAACCGCAGGCGUCUGACGAUGAGAUGGGGGAUGCCAAAGAGGAGCAGCAGGGAGCCAAGAAGGUUUCUGUGAAAAAAGUGUGUAAUAAGGAUCUUGUAGCGGCAUGCUCUAGAAUGAACGUCGCAGGACUGGUGAAAAUCGUGUUUAACAACAACAUCGACCGUCAAGAGUACCCUGUGGCCAUGUGCAAUGCCAAAGAUGCCGCUGCUCUUGUCCUUGAUGUGGUUAGGAUCUUUCUGCCCAAAAAACAGACCAAGACCAACAGGAUCUGGGAGAACUGUGUUGCGCUCAUCCGCUGUGUGCCUGUUGUGGCACCCAAGCUUUCUGUGCGCAUGAUAGAUCAGGCCAAGUUGUUUGCCAAAUACUGGAAGAAGAAGAUCGGUGAGUCGGAGAUUUGUGGAGAUCAUGGCAUGCUGGACUCAUGGGCCUUCCUUAACUUCAUCAUUUCUUACAACAUUGUAUCAGAGUUUGAUGUCGAUGAGAUCAUCCAUCUCUAUGGCACUGUCCCACGCAAAUAUCAGAAGAAGAACUGCGUCAAUCUCUGCAAGGGUCUUGGUCUUGUCAGUAGGAUCAGCGACUUAAUUGAUUAUUUGAUUGAAAAUGGACAACAGUUGAGCGUCAUACCAAUGACACAGGUUCUUCAAUUGGUGGACAAAUAUCCACCACUUGCUCUUCUGGAGGGAUAUGUUGAGAAGGCAAAAGCGACUGCUCUAGAGUUACUUAGCAAGAAUGGAUUAGACAAGUCCCUGAAUCCGACCAUAUCUAAGGAGAUUGAGAAUCUUCGGCUUGCGGAAUCUAUGGUUAAACAGCAACUCACUGAUUCAAGCAAAUCGGUUACUAUCUUGGAAGAGAUUAACAAAUUGUUAGUUGAGUAUGCAAAGAGCCGUAUUACAACAAAUGCCUCUACUACAUCGACAUUAAAUUCAAGGCAGCAGCAAAAGACCCAACAGCAGAAGCAAAAUCAGAAAUACAAGAAGCACAAGAAGGAGCAGCAGCAACAUGAGGGACAAGAUGGCCAAGUGCAGGGGAAACAAAGAAAGCUGGAAGGGAAACAGCUGUACUUAAACCAGCCAAGGCCAUGUGUUACCAAGCUACCAACUCCUACUGGUCCUUCCGCAAGAUCUCUAUCACCUGUGAUUCCGAAUGUGACACAGAUUGGCCCCAUUGGGCAUCGGCCGUUUGAUUUAAUGCCUGCAAUUCCUCUACCAUUUUUACCGGGAAUUCAAGGUGGACCAGUUGCAGCAAAUGUCGUACCUACUCAACAUAAUCCUUUCCAGCAGAAUCCUUUAUACCGUCAUCCGUCAUUCCACCCCUAGCACUUUACUUCAGUAGCUUAUCAAGUAAACUACAACUCAGACAUAGGAUUGUAAAGAAUUGCCUGCCAUUUCCUUUUGUGUUAUGCGUUUCUUUAUAAGCUUGUUUUUUUGACAACCUGUGACUAUCCAAAAAAGGAGUCGUUUUGAGUUCAUGUCCAGCACCCAGCUCAUGGUACUCUGCUUUUGUGUUUCUUCAUUAAUCAGUAGCCGUCGUGAUUACAUGCUGUCCAGUACUCUCAUGUCUCCAUACACAAUUACACACCAGACACAUGCAUCCACACUAGUGCUCCUAGUGACAUGGAACGCUGAUCACUGUACAAAAUUGAAAUUAUUACUGAGUAGCACCAGUACUCCACCAAACUGAGUAGUUAAAUGUGCAUGGUUAAUUGCUAGGGUUUAAAAUCUCGUAGGUAGACGUAACUAAGAGUUCACAUUCACACUCCUUCAACCAAUUAAAUACUUUGAACUUUAAAACUGGCGGGAUAAAUAUGUACUCCAGUAUAUUUUGGUCUUGCUUAGCAGGCCGGGGUAGGGGAAGUCACCGUUCAGGAUCUGGUUGCUGCAAUCUUGAGAGAAAAAAUAUGGUGAUUGACGGAGUAGGUCCCUCCCCAUGUUCGUAAUUCUAGCUGAACCUAGAAAUGAACAGGACUGUUGAAUUAUGAAUAGAUUUUCCAUCUUUCUGUAACCAAGUCAAGCUUGUGUGAACCAUGUGGUUCAUCAAAUUCAACAGUAUUCAUUAGCCUGCCAUGUAAAAUGAAUGACUGUCUUGUUGACCAAUGCCCAGUGAAUGUGCUAUGUGCUAUCCAGCCAGCUAGAUUGGUGCUUGGUUGCAGUUGGUGAUAGCAUUGUCAAUUUUUAUUGUUACUAUUUAUUUAUUUGGAUUACUGUUAUCCAGAUACAUGUUUGUGGUAGUUGAGUUCAUUGGGUUCCCUUUAUAUUUCUUUGUUAUGAAAGAUAUGCCUCUGAGCAUGGUUUCAUGGUUAAGUUGCCAUAUGGUUAGGCAAUAGGUUAUAUUUUCUCAAUAGAUUGGUGGUGAUGCGGUACACUUUGUAGGGAGUGAACGAAAUUUCGUUACAUGAUUUUCCCCGCCCUUUCUCAAAAAUGCGUAUUUUCCACCACUAUCAAUAUUUUGGUAAGUACUAUUUUGGAAAUUAUUAGCUUUUCUAUAAAUAUAAUAAUUUAUAACCUUAGGACUCAAACCCACGACCAGCCACAACAAUAUGCAAGAGACCUCAAUGGCUGCAGUACACCAUAAUUUGUGACUACUAAAUUCUUUUUCCUCUUUCUGUAUCUAUACUGCUCUAUAGUGUAUGAAUUUUGAAUUUUGUCUCUUCUCUCUCCUCCCUAGCAUCCCAAAUCAAUACCAACCAUUGAUUCAAUUUACAAAGACAAUGAUCUAUGGUCUGCUCUUUACUAUACCAAAUCCAACGGUCAAUAUCUUCGGGAUUCGCUGUCAUCCCACUUCGCGCGACUGAAGCGCCUAGAACACCCCUACCGUGACACUUCCAGACGCCUCCGCACUCUUGCUGCUGCUCCGUGUGCUCACCGCCACAGCUUCCUGGCAUCUCCGUGCGUACGCGCCUCUGGCCGCGGUCGCCCCACCCUGCAAGUGCUAGCAGCUGGAUGCCAUACCACUGCUGCCCAGCCACUGGCUGAACACAUCAUACUCAAGUGCACACUGACGCACAUACAACUUCUAUAUUGAAUAGGUAAGAUUUCCAUUUGAUGAAGUACUAGCUUCUUUACUAAUCUGUAUAUAUUCCUGCCGUAAAUCUGAACCCAGAGUUUGCGUCUCAGUCUUAAGAGAAAUCAAGAUGUGGAUUACAGCGUUUUCUGACCACCAUGUGUUUGAGUUUAUGCUUACAAAGAAUUUCUUAUUGUUUCCAUUCUAAUAGACUUCUAUAAGUGCUAUACCGAUUUAAAAGGACAUGCUCAGUCAUUUUAACAUUUCAAAUGAAUAUAUUUUUUUAUAGAUGGCAAUGUGCGUAUGUUCCACUGUAACAUGACAAAACAAAUCUUGAUCAAAGCAUCACUAUUGCCUAUUAUUGGAUUUUUUUAUCAAGUAAUAUACAACGAAAAAAUGUUUGUUACAAGUAGUUUGACGUGUAGCAUGGCGUCCUUAUACUGCUGCAUGUUCCUCCUAUGCUUAUGCUAAUUAGGGAUCUGCUAACGUUUGUCAGCGCCUUAGCAGAAAAACGUGUGGACAAUUAUCUAGGAAGGACAUGAAAGGAAAUUCAAGUAACUACAAAAGGUCCACUGGAAUAUUGGGACGGGCUCCUUUUUCAAGAUAUUAUAAAUGUGGUUUACUUACAUAGUUAUCAAAACGGAAACAAAGUAUAUCUUUAAUAUUUCUGAUCACAAAAUUAUUUGAUGCAAGAUUACAUGUUUUUAUUAUAUACUGCUAUAUAUAAGAAACGGCAAUGCCUUUUAUGUUAACACAUUGCUCGCACAUUCCUUGAAACAUUCAUUUCAGCAUAAGAAAAAUAUUGGUUCAGUGGGCCAUCCAAUUAAAAAUAAGGGCAGCCCGGUGCACGUAGCUCCCGCUUGCAGGGUCCGGGGAAUGGUCCGGCCACUUUGGGUCUUCCGUACGCAGCCUUUCCCAUGAUUUCCCUGAUGUCCACUCAGUCAGGGGAUCUAUGCAACACUAAUAUGUGGUUGCGAAUUCUACAUUGCGAGGGAGAUAUAAUCAUGAAACAUCAAUGUUGCCUGCCGGUUCAUAUUACAUUCCAUCAAGAUCAUAACAAAUUGAGGUGGACGGUGGCAAGUAGGUCUCCGCACAACCAUGCAGACAACAAGUACAGGAGCUGCCUGCCUUAUCCCUGACAACACUUCAGUUUCAGGUCAAUUUGUAUUCUUUCUUCUCUUUGCGUCUUCUAUCCUUUAUUACCUUGCCGAACUCGAUUUGGAAUGGUUGGAUUGGUUACUCUGCAAGAUUAAGUUACAACACAUGGAUCAGUUUACAGUGCGUAUGUGGUCACAUUCUUCUCUUUUUUACUAGGAGAAAUUAAACCAGAUAGGUGCGCUUAUUGCCGGACGCAGCGUCCUUCAGCUGGUGUGUCUCCAGCAGGACCCCUCUAACAAGGAGCUCAAAUUAUUUCUCAUGCAAGUGGAGGUCCAAUGGAGUGAGCAAGAUGCAGUGAUCAGGUUGUUUUAAAUCCAUGAUUACUAAAAUUGUUGUAUCAGAUUUUUCUAGAGCAUUUAUCCACAUCAGAUUUCAUAACAGAGGACUACAACAAUUGAUGCUUAUCAGUACAGAACUUCAAAAACAGAAUAGUAAAGGUUUGUAUGUCAGAAUAAUGCAAGAACUGUAGGCAAGUACAUUUUUCUCCUCUUCAAUGACACCUAUUUUUCAUUAGCAUAAAUUAAACCAGAUGGGUGUGCAGUGUUGUGCAAAUCAAAGGACAAACAUCAUAUCAGGAAAAGUAAAUUCUAAGAACAAACAAGAAUCUUUUUCUGCACUUUGGGAAAAUCUGAGACAGGUAAUUCGAAGUUAUGUACUUGGGCUAGCUUUUACAGUUGAAGCUUAUGCAACGGGAUUUGCACACGUACUAAUAUUAAAGACUAGGCAUGCUAAUAUGCUAUUGUAAACACAUGGCAUAGCUAAUAGGCAGAUCUUUUUUUGCAUUAGAGGUGAAAUUGAACAAAGAAAAAUGCUCCUUCUGGCCUUGGAAGUGCCUUCAGUGGAGCCACAGGCCUGCAAUUGUCUAAUUCUUCCAGGCUUUGGCCUUGGAGGUGCCUUCAAUGGAGCCACAGGUCCUGAUAUAUUCCACAAUUUAUGUCUGGUUGCAAUAUUUAAGGUAUCUGUGCAUAAUACUCCGUGCCUUCAGGACUGCUCCCUCCCUCUGAAAAUUGAAAAGUUGCUUGUCCACCAAACAAAAUACCGUGUUGGUUACUCAAAAAGUAAAAAUAUAGUGGUCCUUGUUCUGUAUUAUACGUACUAGCCUUGAUUGUUCUAAAGUAAACAGUAGAUUUUGAGCAUUUUCUUUUGUUUGCAAGCUUGACCCCCACUAUUCUGAAUGUUUUCCAUUGUGCCAUUGAUUUUGUUUAUAGAAAAAUCUUCCUCUUCAACUGCAUCUUCCACCACUGUCCCUCCUAUCCUUUUGGUGCUGCUGUUGAUGCUGCUGCUUCCGUUCCUCAUGGGUGAGAGUCUGUAUAAUUUUCUCCUUCCCCUCUGCCCCUGCUACUAGAUGUUGCCAUCAGCUGGGCUUAAGAGUUAAGUUCUGUAAUACUUGUUGCAUAGAACUUAAGUUUUUGUUUUCAUUGGUGCGUGGAACUUGGAAAUUUUCGAGAUUCUCAAGCUUCUGAUGCUGCCAUGCUAAUGUUGGUUCAAAGGAUGGGACAUACGCUAUGAAGGUGGUGGAUACAGUCAUACAGAGCAAGGGGGCAACUGAUCUGGUGAAGGAGGUUCAUCCUUGUUCAAUCAUCCCAAUCUGCUACCUCUUCUUGACAAUGCCAUAAUAGCAGUGAAGCUGUGAAGAUCCGCAGACCACCUAACGACGACUACAAGCACUGAAGCGAGCUGAAGGCGCGCCGCUGUCAUCGCCCCUCCCUCGCCGGAGCCGGGCAAACCUUGUUGUAGUAGACAGUCGGGAAGUCGUCGUGCUAAGGCCCCAUAGAACCAUAACAUCUUAUUAUGGAAGAGGGGCAAAUUUGAGCAGACUCGAGAAUUAUUGGUAAAUCUGAGUCGUGGGGUCGAGUUAGGGGCACAAAUAUAAAUGUCCCUAACAUGUAUACCAUUUUUAGCUGUGUUGAAACUUUUUCCAAUUCU